AUGAAUGCAAUAUUCAAUGCUAUUUCUAUGGAAGAAUUUAAGAGGAUCAUAAAUGUGGAGAUUGCUCACACUGCUUGGAACAUCUUACAAACAGUACAUGAAGGCACUAAGGCAGUAAAAAUCAAUAAAUUGCAACAUUUGACCUUUAGAUUUGAAAGUAUUAGAAUGUAUGAUGAUGAAACUUUUGAUGAAUUCUAUGCUAAGUUGAAUGAUAUUGUCAAUUCUGCAUUUAAUUUGGGUGAAGUUUAUGAUGAAUCUAAAAUUGUUAGGAAAAUUCUUAGAUCAUUAACUAAGGACUUUAGACCUAAAGUUACUGCCAUAACUAGAAGUAAAGAUGUUGACUCUAUUCCUGUAGAUGAACUUGUAGGAUCUCUUCAGUCCUAUGAAUUUAACUUACCAAAAACUAACAAAUCCAAAUCAAUUGCCUUAAAAUCUGUUGAUGAUGUUGAUGAUUGUGGAUUUGAUGCUGAACUCCCAUCUACUGAGAUUUUCUAUCUUACCAAGAACUUUAGAAAUUUUCUAAGAAAUAAUAAUAGAAGGGCAAGAAACAGAAACAAUGUUGACCCUAAGAAUAGUUAUGAUCAUCUAAAAUCUGAGUGUCCAACAUUCUUGAGAUCUAAAGGUAAAACCAUGGCAGUUAUUCUGAGUGAUGAUGAAGUUUCUAAUCAUGAGCCUGAAAGUGAUCAAGAACAAAAUUUCAUGGCUUUCACUGCUACUACUGUAGUAACUGAAAUUGAGACUGCUAAUGAGAAAUCUUCUGAUGGGGAACUCUCUGAGAAUGCUAACUUGCAAGAGGCUUAUAACAAGCUAUGCAAGAAUGCAGCCAAAGAUGCUAUGAGUAUUGAGUUAGGGUUGAAAAGGAUAAACACUCUUGAACAAGAAAAGAAGAAUUUGUUGUUAAAGUUAUUUAAUGCCAAUGAACUCUUGAACUCCGUUAAGAUUGAGAACAUGGCUUUGCUUGAAAAAGUUAAAAGUUUAGAACUAGAAUUAUCUGUUGUUAGAGAACAAAUAGAUAGAACUUCUACUUCUAAAUUGGAUAACAUGCUAAAUGUUCAAAAAUCUGUUUUUGACAAGACAAGUCUAGGGUUUGUUGAUAUAGGAUCUUCUUCGGAUGUUAAUACUCCCAAAUUUGUACCUGCAUCAUCUACUUCUGUUGUUCAUCCAUCUGUGUCUAAACCUAAGAAUUUCAAUCAAUUUGAAAACAAGAAAAACCAUAAACCUCAGUGGUUUUGUCACUUUUAUGGUGGAGCUGGGCAUACUAGGCCAAAUUGCUUUAGGUUGCAAGCUUUAAAGUAA